UGGUCAGCUGUAUCCAAACGUAAUCAAACAUGGCGGCUGUUGUUCCAGCUAUGGAAAUCGAAAGUACUUCACGAUUGAAACAACUCUUCCAAGAUGUAUCUUUAAAUUUUAAUCCGACAGAAUCAGAAACUGUUGUGCAGCUUUUGAAGAAGAACUAUGGAGGAAAAUUCAACUCGCUGGAUAAUCAAGACUUGUUGUCCGGUUUACAACUUCUUGAGAAGUAUGGAUAUGUCUCUGACCACAAACUCACGUUUAUCGAAAAGUUUGUCGCUCCAAAAUGCAGAAAAGAAGGAAGCAUUCAUGCAGCUGUUAAUAAAUAUAAAGCCUCCUAUCUGACUAAAGCUGAUCCGGAAAUGGACUUCGUCGGUAGGAAGGAUGAAAUUCAGAAAAUUAGCAAAAUGCUUACGGCAAAAACUUCAAUUAUAAAUUUGUUUGGGUCCGCCGGUGUUGGAAAGACAAGACUUGCGGAAGAAGUUUGUUCAAAAUGGCGGGGACAGCAUUUUGUCUUCGAUCUUAGAGAUGCAAAAGAUAUGAUUGCGAUUUAUCUCAGAAUUAUGAAUUCCCUGAAAAUGGCUGGUCGUGUUGGUUCUGUUGAUCUGAAUUAUGUUGUUACAAGAAUUCACGACGAGAUUCGACCGUUGACCUCUAAAGAUCGUCCUGUUCUGUUUUUGCUUGAUAAUUUAGAAGAGCAGUUAGUUUCAGGACAAGGAGGAUUAGAGGAGAGGAAAAAGCUGAAUAAUUUUUUAAAAUUACUCACGCGAUUGGAUGAAGGAAACAAACAGAAAACACUAAAACUUCUAUUAACAUCAAGGACUCAAUUGAAAGAUAACCAAGUAGUGAAAAACUAUGAGGUGAUGUCCUUUGACCAUUCGUUUUCAGAGAAACUCCUUUUUCACAAAGGAAGGUUUGAUGUUAAAGAGCAUCAAAAAGAAAAACUAAUCAGAAUCUCAAAUGGAGCUCCACUUAUUCUGAAAGGUCUUGCUGCUAUUUUCCAACAUGAACGAAAAACUGUGGAUGAUUUUCUUGGUAAUGUUCAUGUAGGGGAAGUUUCCACUUUGGAAAGGUCAAAAGUUAGAGACAAUGGCAUAGAAAAAACAAUUAGAUUUGAAGAAGAUGGAAUUGAUGAGAGGCAGUUGUAUACAAUCAGAGAAAUGUUUGACACCCUGCCAACAGACAUCUUAAAGGUGUCUGCAGUAUCAGUUUCUUUAUUUCAUGGCCCCUUUAAAGAAGCUGAUGCUGCUAAAGUCCUUGAUAUCAGCCAAUCAGAAGCAUUUUUACAGCUUGAGGGACUUGUAGCAAGUGGAAUUCUUUCUGAAGUUGAUGAAAAUGUAACUGCAGAGAAGAAGGACAACAGCGCACAGUAUGACAUUCACCCACUUUUGAAGAAGUAUGCCGACAGUCUUAAGGCUGAUAAAACCUUCCAAACCCCUUACACAGAGGCAAAGGCACGUUUUCAUGAACUCUUCAUGUCCAGGAUAGAGAAAAUUGCUAAACUCAUAGAUCUAGACUAUGUCAGAGCAUUUACCUUAUUUGAGAAAAACAGAGGAAAUUAUGAGUUUGCAAUUGACAUCUCCCUACAGCCAGAAUUUUUCAGAUUACCAGGCGAAUUCCGUGAGAAUGCUUUGAUUGCGUCACUUUUCUGUGCAAUGGUGACUGAAUGCAAGCUCCUAAACCUGUUUCAUUCUUGGGCUGAGAUGUGUGAAGAUGAUGGAAAAACUGGUUCUCUUGGGCGGGCACAGCUAAAGUGCUGGGAAGCAAAGCAAGUUUUAGAUGUCCAUGGAACAAAAAAGGCAUUUGAAGUAUUGAGGGAAGCUUCCCGUUCGAUAGAGAAAGUUAAAGACGAAUCCACUGAAUCAUUCAAGCUCACCAAAGGAUUUUAUUUGCAGUCUGAAGGAGAAAUCCUUUGGAGAAAUGGGGACCACGAGAAAGCACUUGCAAGCCUGCAGUUGUCCUUAACAUUCUCUGAGAAGCUUUUAAUCGAGCAUACAGAUCUGGCACGGUGUUAUAAUGCUAUUGGAAACUGCCAGUACAGUCUUAACAAGCUGGAGGAAGCACUUGAGUUCUACCUUAAAGCUUACAAGAUGCAAGAGAAACUGGCUGGCUCUGAACAUCACUUUGACAUGCCAAUGUAUAAGAAUCAAAUUGGCACAGUGUAUGAAGGUCAAGGAGAUUAUGAAACGGCAAUUGAGUAUUACAAUGCUGCGCUGAAACUCCUGCACGAACUAAAACUUUCAGGAUCAUGGGACGAGGCACACUUUUGUAGAAAUCUUGCUAAUGCCCUCAUGAAACAAAAGAAGCACUCAGAAGCAGUUGAACCUGCAAAUAAGGCCUACGACAUAAGGAUGAAGAUUGUCGGGAAUCACCCACUGACUGUGCGUAGUAUAUUCCAGCGUGCAGUAAUUCAGGUAAACUUAAGUAAGUACAAAAAAGCCUUGAAGCUUUUCCUUGAAGCAUGGGAGAUGGAGAAGACACUUGAGCCAGGAAACCACAGCGAAGUGUGGCGAAAGCUUAUCAAUGGUGUUACGGAUAUGUGUGAUUUACUGAAAGAAAGAAAACAAAAAGAGAGAUUUAUAAAAGAAGCUUUCGAGUUUUGUCAAGGUUUCUGGGAAGGACAGAGACGUUCUCAACCGUUUGGUUUCAAUGAUUACAACCGAGAAAUCAUCGAUACUAUUUUGGAACUUGCUGGUGACAAGAAGUCUGUAAACAAGUACAAAGCAGAAAAGGAAUGGUUCUAUGAGAGGUAUACCGCCGCAAAGGAAGACUUUCGAGGUAAGUCUAACCAGUCCCAGAGUGUUCCAUGCCACUCAGCCUCUGAGGGGGACGAAAGGUCUGAAACGAAAUAUGGAGAUGAGGAUGAUACUGAAGAAGAGGUGGAGAUCGAAGUUGACUCAACAGAUGAAGAUGAUACAAUGCUGGACACCAUCCCUGCGAACAAGAGAAAGACUCAAAUAGGAAGAGGUGAAAUAACAAACAAGGGAGAUACAUGGGAUCUUCCAGAAGCUGGUGCGUCUAUCACCUUCUUCCCAGGUUUUGUAAAAGAACCUUUGUUGAUCACUUGUUCGUUGUGGAGUCUUCGAGCCCUGUCCCCUCCCAAUGGAAGUAACGAGGUCUUGGUAAGCAAUGUGAUUGAACUAUCACAUGAUGGUCCACCAGAUCUAGAGUUCAUGGAGGAUGCUCCAGGAAGCAUCUCCGUGGCUUUGUUGCACAGUGCCUCUAACUUCAAGGGAUAUGAAGUGGUCAUUAAGCAGUUGGUUGAUUUAGAAAACAAUGAAUGGAUGGAUUUGGAGACAAGGAAUGGUUGGCAUCCAUCAGAACGCGUUCCUGACUGGAUGUGCCAGUUUGCCGAAGCUACUCUCAAAAAAACAUGCUUUUCCUCUUUCGCGGCAAUCUGGCGCCUCAAAUCUCUUGUCUUCUUCAAGCCAACUUCUGUGAUCCCUAAAUUCACCUGUACAUUUCCAGACUACCCAAAUGUUAACGUGGUUCUUCCUUGGAGUUCUGUUUCUGCUGAUAAAGACUUUCGUUUGACUUUAAAGGCACAGGAACCACCAAAAAUUAACCAGCAUAGGGAGGAAUUGUUGGUUGGUCCGAUUCUUCACAUUUCCUGCUCUCAUGAUGAGGAGCUCUUGGAACCAGCAGAAAUCAACGUCCCACUGGCGCUCUUUGAGGGUAAAAAAGAACUUGUAAACGCGCAUUCAGGUCUGUGGAGAGUCUUACAUUUCAAAUCAACACAGGAGACCGUACAGUGGACUGAUAUCACAGAUCAAUUGGAUAUUCCAGUUUUCCUUACAGACGGAAUAGUAAAAUUCCAGGUCAAAACUUUCUGUCGAUUUUGGCUGGUAUUCUUCCGGCAGUUCACUGGCGAUGUUAUCGGCACGGCAUCUCAGUUGACGACUCUGGCCAGUAGAUUGUGCGAAGGAAUGGCGAAGCAAAGAGCAGAUUUUUUAGCCUUCUUGCACGUGCGCAUUGCUGAUACAGUACCAACGAGUUACAUUUUGAAAGUGGUUUGCUUCCCUACUCAUUUGAGAUAUGAUGCGUAUCAAAUUAUAAAAUUAUCCAACAUCACAGUGAUUUUUCAAGGAGGAGGGACCUCAGACGAACCACUCUAUAACGGUGAGAGGACAAAAGUGUCUCUUUCAGACGGAUUUAAGUUACAAGGAGCAGGACAAGACACAUUUUUAACGUUUGGACGUCAAGGACCAGUCCACAAAGAUAUCUGUGUUACAAUUCAAGACAAGACGAAACUGAUCGUGGACUUUCAAAAAUGUCCGGCUAGUGUGGAUAACGAGGAUUCCCUAGUACUAUGUUCAAUACCGCUAUCCGAAGACAUAGAACAGGUUCGUCCUCGGUUAAAUGCACCUAGUACGUCACAAGUGGCAUCCCAGAAACUUCGUCUUCCUCAUACUUCACAGAGGUUGAAGGUUACUCUUCUAGCUGACGAGUGGACAUCACUUGCCGGUGGUUUGUCAACGUUCAACAGGGAACUUGCCAUCAACUUAGCAAAGCAAUCCUCAUUGGAAGUCACCUUGUUUGUCCCCAAGAAUGCUUGCCACCCUAAACAUAAGGAAGAGGCUAAAAGACAUAACGUAACUAUUCUUGAAGCAAAGUAGCUCAUUGCCUAUGAUCAUCGUGAUGGGUUAAACUUUCCGUCGCCUGACCUUAACGCGGAUGUCGUGAUUGGUCAUGGGCAGAAACUUGGGCGUCAAGGACAAAUAUUUCAAGCUUCUCCCAGCAAUUGUAAAUGGAUUCAAGUGGUACAUACUUAUCCUGAAGAACUUGGUACCCUCAAAGACUCUGACCAACCUAUUUAUGAAGGAAGGAAGAAACAGCGCAUUGAACUUGACCUCUGUAAAAUUGCGGAUCUUGUCGUAACAGUGGGAUCCAAACUGCGAAAUGCUUACUCUUCUAGCCUCCUGGAUCAAAAUAUCUUUACUCUCACUCCAGGACUUUUCAAAGAAUUUGAAAGUUUGCAACCUGCUUCCUAUAGAAAUUCCGAGUUCAAAGUGUUGUUGUGUGGUCGCGCUGAUCCGGAGGACUUUGAACUAAAAGGUUAUGAUAUUGCUGUCGAAGCAUUUGCAAGUAAAGAGCUGAAAUUUCCACCUUUCCGUCUUGUAUUUGUUGGUACUCAUGAUGGAAAACAAGACGAAAUGAGAGGAAAGCUCCUUAAAUACGGUAUCGAUAAAAAGCAGUUGUUCGUCAGGGAAUUUGUAGAAAGCAGGGAAAAAAUGAAGGAACUGCUGGGUGAGGUUCAUCUAGCCCUCAUGCCAUCGCAGGCUGAGGGUUUCGGUCUCAUUGCUCUUGAAGCUCUCUCUGGUGGUCUUCCAGUUCUAGUGGGCAGAAAUUCAGGGUUUGCUGAAGCCAUAAAAGACCUAGAAUUUGGCAAAUCAUGUAUUGUCGAAUCAGAAAAUCCAAAGCAAUGGGCAGAGGGAAUCAAGGCGACUGAAUCUGAACACGAACAGCGCCUCGAAGAGAUCCUUGAGCUACGUGAAUCCUAUGGGAAGCAAUACAGCUGGGAUACGCAAUGUGAAGAUCUUGUGAAAAAGAUGAAAAACAUGGUUUAUAAUGUAGAGUAACUGAUAAGGCUGGUCUUUCUUCGUAGUUUUUAAUUCUUUCUUACAUUCCGUAUUCCAUACGUCACACUUUUUCAAACCGAUUUCAAUACAGUUGAAGAGUCCUUGAAGAUGGUUAGUUUUUACUGUAAUAUUCAUUGAGGCCUAAAGCAAAUCAUGUUUCUAAUAACGAAGAAAAUCAUGUUUCUAAUAACGAAGAAAAUAGUACUUUUAGACCGUAGUAAUAUUGCAAAUGGCGCAGCGAGGUACGCACAAAAACUCCCGAAUACCAAUAUUCAUCAGCAUGGGUAGAGCAAGCGAGGUUAUUGAGUAGUUUAUUAAAUGGCACUCUGCAAAAUUUUUUUUAUUUGGUUACCGGCGGUCGUUUCUCCAACGUGUCAGUUCACCAACGUCAGUUCGCCAACGCACGAGGUCGUUUCGUCAACGACUAAUGUCAGUUCGCCAACGCUUAUACGUCAGUUCGCCAACGCUUAUAUGUCAGUUCGCCAACGCUUGUAUGUCAGUUCGCCAACAUCCAAAAUAAUCGUAAUUACAAAUGACCAAUGGAAUAAAAUUUUACUUUUGAUGUAUUCAUGAGUGUUCGUAAGUUAAGAUCGUUUGAAAUUGUUCGUUUCACUCUCCCCAAUUUCUCAUUUCGUCGUCGGCUGAUCGUGUUUGAGAAAGACUCGACGGCCGAUCGUAAAACCUUUUAUAAAGUCGAUCGAUCGACGGCCGAUCGUGUUUGAAAAAAGUUUGGAAACAAUCCACGGCUUCUACCCCGUAGACUAUGAACCUUCUGUCAAUCCAGGCGAGGAAAUUUUGAAUUGGCCGGCUUCUCGAACAAAAAUACAAGGCUUAUUACCGUUUCCGUGGAAACCAAGAGAUUAUAACCGUCCGGAUGGCAAAA